AUCAUUUUUCAUUAUCUUUAAGAUGUCUUUAAGCAUAUAUUAGCUUAAUGUAUUUAUCUUGACAAUAUAAUAUGUUUACUUUCCUUAGUAUGUCAAAGCAGGAGAUAUAGUGUAAAGUAACUUUUGUAGUUGGUAAAUAUGUACAACUUUUAAGGAAUAAAGCUAUUUGGUAAAAGUGUAAGCAAUGAUGAAGGAAGAGAUGGACAAAGCUGUUUUAUUUAUAAAGAACACGGGGUCUAGUCUGAUACAUGUAUCUGGAAUAUCAACACAAUGUUAUAAGUGUGAUUAUCAACCCCAUGGUAUCUUGAAAACAAAUCUGUCACUCGUGGUAGACACUCGUUGGCCAUAUAAACUACAAUUUACAAAUAGUGAUAAAAGUUCUGUUAAGAAUUUAGAGGAACAUUUUCGUGAAUAUGGCAAGUAUAUAUUUAUGGUUGGUGAUUAUUCUGGCAAAUUUAAUGCAAAAUACACAAUAGAAAACGAUCCAAUAAAUACAUAUGUUCCAUUUAUUGUGUUUAUGUCAAUCUUGGUUGGGUUAGCAAUAUUAUGGCCAUGUUGCAAAUGGUUGAGAAGAGUGUAUAAACGAUAUAAAGGUAUCGAAACCACUUAUUUCAUGGAAAUGCAGGAAUGGGAUAACAAAAUUGAGUCGCUAAGCCGAAGAAACACAAAUACUGAUGUAAAAAAAGAAGCAGAUAACAAGCCAAAGUCAAAAAGACUUCGAUCUCUAGAUACAUUUCGAGGAAUCGCAAUUAUCUUGAUGAUUUUUGUCAAUUACAGUGGUGGUCAUUAUUAUUUUAUUGAUCAUGCUGUUUGGAAUGGCUUGACUGUAGCUGAUCUAGUUUUUCCAUGGUUUAUUUUUAUUAUGGGAACUUCUAUUAAUUUGUCGUACAAAAGCUUUAUCAAGCGUGGUGACAGCAUUUGGACAGCCUUCAUCCAGAUCCUAUUUCGUUCUGCCAAACUAUUUAUCAUUGGAUUGGUCUUGAAUUUAGGUCAAAAUUUGCCAACAUGGAGAAUUCCUGGUGUUUUGCAAAGAUUUGGCGUUUGUUAUUUUGUCAUAGCAACUUUAAAUUUGCUUACAACUCCUAGUGAAAUUACGUUAAAUCGGUGGAAAACUUAUACAACUAUGUCAAUAUUCCGCGACGUGUUUCCGUUUUGGAUUCAGUGGAUUUUCAUAUUCGGUAUCACUGCUGCACACACUUCGAUAACAUUUUUACUUCAUGUCCCAGGCUGUCCAAAAGGCUACUUAGGUCCAGGAGGUCUAGCUGAACAUGGAAAAUAUUUUAACUGUACGGGUGGAGCAGCUGGUUACAUUGACGCUCUCCUGCUCACUAAUAAACACACGUAUGGCAACCCAACAUGCAAGGAGAUCUACAGAACUAAUCAACAUUUUGAUCCAGAAGGUUUGCUUGGUUUCCUAACAUCUAUCGUUCUCACAUUUUUCGGACUACAGGCUGGUCGUAUUUUAUUUGCAUACGACAUUCAUUCAAGUCGUAUUAAAAGAUGGGUGAUCUGGACUGUUAUGACGGGUGUGCUGGCUAUUGGUUUAACGCAGGGAACACAAGAUGAAGGAAUAAUACCAAUCAAUAAGAACUUAUGGUCAAUAUCGUUCGUCUUAGCGACAGCAUCGACGUCGUACCUAUUAUUUAUAUGUUGCUAUGUAGCAUGUGACGUCUAUCGUGUAUGGAAUGGAUCGCCGUUUUUCUUUUGUGGUAUGAAUGCUAUCUUCUUAUAUGUUGGUCAUUAUCUCAUACCGUUCAGAGUGUACUGGCACGAGAAUCCUCAAAGUCACGCCUCGUAUUUAGUCGUCGCUAGUGUGAACACGGCGAUAUGGAUAGUGUGGGCGUUUUCACUAUACCAGAAAAAGUUAUUUUUUACUGUUUGAGUGCAUUUUAUUGGGCGUUAAAACGCCUCCUCUAUUUUUAAACAACGCCCCAUUAAUUUUAAAAACUUCUCAAAAAUUAGAAAGUUAGAGUUUUAACAACGUACCCCUAAAAGCUCCUCACUUUUUUUUAACAAAACUAUUUAGAAAAAUACACAGAAAUGCUACAUGGGUGCAGCAAAAACAAAAUUUCCUAAAAUCUUCCUAAUUUCUGCGGAAAAAUUUGGAAUUCUCAAAUAUCCUCAUUUUUUUUUCAAAAUCGUCAUCUCAAAAAUAGUAAAAAUUCACAACGACAGUCCUGACGUCUCCCCAAAUUUGACUCUAAAGGAGUGUCAACCCUGAUAUUACUAGCUGGCGGAAAGUGAAUAUUUUUGUCCCUAACUUUUUUUAAAUUUGCUAAAAACGUUGAUGAAUGUAAGACGAGAAUAAAUCUAUAGUCAUGAUAUAGUGUUAAAUAGAUAAAAAAUUUAUUGAUUUACCAACUUCGUUCUCAUUAUUUUUGUAAGUAUUAGAGGUAGAAUUUCUAUGUAGUUUACUUUCUUACUUUUUAUAAAAUUAAAAUAGAUAUAUUUGACAUUUAUUUAGUAUAUAGGAUACCUAAAAAUAUAAAUAUGGAUUUAAAUUUUUAUACCUUCUUUUAUUAAUGAUUGUAAAUGAUGUAGAUACAAUUUUCUAUUGGCUGUUGUAGUAGAAAGAUUUUUAUGAAUUACAUAUAGACUAGAUUCUUUUUUGAGGUACAGUGUUCACACUUAC